GAGCCUUCGAUUUUCGAGCUUUCGAGCCUUGAAUACAGCGAGCAAGCAGUGUUGAGCAAGCAGUAUGCAAGCAGCAUGCAAGAAGCGUUCAGAAGAGAUUCAGAGCAUUCGAGUUGCUAAGCUAGAGCAAACAGCAAGCAAGCAGUAUGCAAGCAGCAUGCAAGAAGCAUUCAGAAGAGAUUCAGAGCAUUCGAGUUGCUAAGCUAAAGCAAAUAGCGAGCAAGCAGUAUGCAAGCAGCGUGCAAGAAGCGUUCAGAAGAGAUUCAGAGCAUUCGAGUUGCUAAGCUAGAGCAAACAGCGAGCAAGCAGUUUCGAGCAAGCAGUAUGCAAGCAGCAUGCAAGAAGCAUUCAGAAGAGAUUCAGAGCAUUCGAGUUGCUAAGCUAGAGCAAACAGCGAGCAAGCAGUAUCGAGCAAGCAGUAUGCAAGCAGCAUGCAAGAAGCAUUCAGAAGAGAUUCAGAGCAUUCGAGUUGCUAAGCUAGAGCAAACAGCAAGCAAGCAGUAUACAAGCAGCAUGCAAGAAGCAUUCAGAAGAGAUU